UUGAUAGCUGACGUUUAUUGUGGAGCCGCUUUCUUCUCGCCUCAUACGUAAGCUAGUCCUUGAAGUAUAAGGUACUAUUUCGUCGCUGUUAGUGCGUGCACGGGAGUUGGAUCUCGGUGGUACCACUAUUUCUCCUCGAGCGGCCGGUUUGCUGCCGCUUCGUGUGCGCGUUUCUUAUCGCAGUGUGCAAUCAGUGAAAAUUAAACAGCGCUGUAUCAGAGAAGCGUAGUUUCUACUGGAGUGAAAAUUUUGUGAUUUACCUGCACAAGAGUGUGUACGUUCCCGUACUAAAGGGACGUGCAAUUUAAGUGCUACACGACGGCUACUCCACAAAGCUGGUUUGACUUAGAUAGGCGUAAUUUGUCACCAUGCUACGCGCAGAGCAUGAGUUCUCCGCAUAUGUAUGAUCCGGCCUUUCCUACGGUGGACGAUUUGAAAGCCAAAUUAAAUCUUGGUGUUAAAAACAACUCGCUGACCACGAAGGGGCUUCUGGAUUUGGGAGAAGGUUCCGUGGCGGACUUAUCGGACCUCAAUUCGCCGGAGCUCUCGUUUGAUCUCCAGAACAUAAUAGGGCCUGACAGCGGCCAUCCGGGCGCUACUCUUGACGAGUCGUCCAACUUCUUCUCCGACAUUUUGGGAGAACAUCACCAACAACAACAGCAGCAGCAAGGACAAAAGAGAAUCCAUUUUAACGGUUCUAAUCAAAAUAUUUUACAGCAGCACGGUCAGCUGACCGGUGGUGGUCAUCCUUUUGCGCGGUAUCCCAUGCCCCAGCAAGCUACGCUUGGUACAGAUCAAUACGGUGCCGAAGCAGGCCUCUCCAUAAAACGUGAGCCGAUAGAUCAUAUCGACUUAAGUAGCUGUAGUCAAAGAUCGUACACUAACGGCUCCAGCAUUUAUUCCUAUCCUCCCAUUACGGAUCGCCAGGGUGCAGGGGCGGCCCUCAAUGCCCAAGUACUGGGCACGUACCUCCCCAACCUUGGACGGCCCAGCGGUCACCUGUCUACUGCUACCACUCCAUCACCUGUGCACAAUGGAUCUUUGAAGUCCCUGUCAUCCUCAUCCUCAUCCUCAUCUUCUUCUAAGCACAAAAACAAGAAGAACGUGGAUAAGUCAUCGGACGAAUAUCGUCGACGAAGAGAAAGAAACAAUAUUGCUGUGCGGAAGUCGCGGGAAAAAGCGAAGUUACGUUCAAGAGAAACUGAGCGCAAAGUUUCGGAAUUGGUAAGAGAAAACGAUUUUUUGCGCAAGCGCGUCGAACUGCUGACCAAAGAAUUAAAUGUUCUGAAAUCUCUUCUAGCCAAUGUGGGAGGGGUGUCUCCCAACAGCGUGGACAACGAACUGGCAAAAACUUUGCAUAUGGAUACUUCUUUCCAUGGUAUGCAGGACUUGUAACUCGGCAGUAAACGUCGGAUUGCCGCCCCGCACUUUAUCCUCGGCCCUGCAAAUCGGCGAAAUUUCCGGAUACCGAUGUAGGCCUAGCUGGAGCGUCGUCUGCUGUUUUGUUGUCAUCCUUUUUUCCGCCAGCGGGAGCAGUAACAGUAACUUUUUCUUUCUCCAAGCGUACCACGAUAAUCGUUCUGUUCAAGGAUAUUUGAUUCUAGUGUAUUUGUUUGAUAUAUGCGUUUUGCAAUGGUUUCUGCCUGUUGCCAGUGUACUGUACAGCGUAACGGACAAAGUGGUUCGCUAUUUAUUUUUUUUCAAAUCUGACGUGCGGUUAAAAUUCAAUUUGAAAAAACGCUCAAGAAAUAAUUUAAGACAUUUGUGUGUUCCAGUUCCAUACAUUUACUCUAUCCCAUCCUUUUAGAUUGCCCGAUAUGAAAGAAUAUUUCAUGGCAGUGGUUAAUGUAAUAUUUUGUUUCAAUGAUAUCGUGAUGUGGUGCCUCCCGUGUUUCUUCAUGUUAUGGGCAAUGGAUUUUAUAGUAAAUAUGUGAUAAAAUGUUUCAGAAGCCCUGAAUUGUAAUAUAAGUAGAUUAGAACUCUAUGUUGUUUUUGUGAAAAGUUUAACUUUUUGAUGAGAGAAUUUGCUGGUGCAAUUUUUAAAACGAAAAAAAAGUUUUUAAAUCCAGAAGUAAAUAUAUUUCUUAAAAUAUAUUGUCAUGUUUAUCUAAAUCAAAAUGCCUAAACAUGGUGCUUGUUUUUACACGAUUUUUAAAUUGAGAGAAUUAAAAAAAGCUGCAUUGUUAAGCGAAAACAAAACAUUCAUAGAACUUGGGUAGACUCGUUUUUUUGAAGUAAAUAGUUAAACUUAUGUGAAUUGUCUUUGCCAUUUGUAUGUAUCAUUGUCCUGUAAUUUAUAUUAAAGCUGUGCAAUGGGAAAAUAUCAUAACAUCUGUGAAUGCAUGUGUUUAGAGCUGUAUUUUCUGUAGUUAUUGAACACCAUUAUCUAUGUUUUUAAUCAUUUUUUUCUACAUCUGUUUGGGUACAAGUGCUUUAAUAUAGUGCAUGUAUUCGUAUUUUUAUUUAUGGAAUUUUUAUGCAUCAUGUAAUUUAUACCUAACCUGCAUUUAAUAAGUCAGCUCUCUAAACUUUACAAUAUUUAAAUCCUUUUUUUUAAUAUGCUGAAAAUUGUUUUUGAAUAUUUUGCCUUCAGAAAGUAUAUUUAAAUAAUGACUUUAUAAAAAAAAGUAAGUAGUAACUGCGAGCUAAUGCAUUAAAUUUUUCAAAGUAUUUUCACUCUUUGUAUUAGAGGAGUUUUUUUAAGAGUAUUUGAAGUGGGAAAUAAUAAAUUAUUAUUUGAAUUUACAUUAUUGAAUAUUUUAAGGAUUUAGGGAUACAAUUUAAAAAUUAUUCAAUAUUUGUUAAAAGAAAAAUUAGUGGUAGUGUGUGAUGUUAAAAAAAGUAUUAUUUUUAAAAAAUUACUCUUGUUUGUGCCAAUAUUUCAAGUGUAAUAUAUAUAAAAUAUAUUUAAUUUUAUGCCUAAGUUACCUGAUUACUAAAAGAAAAACAUUCUCAAUAAAUGAUUUGCCAAGUUUAAUAAUUAUGCAUAAUAUUCAUUUCAGUACAGAAUUUAAAUCAUAAUGAUUAAAUUUGUCUGUGCUUUUAGAAGUGAUGUAGUCAUAAGUGUGGCAUUAAGGAAAUAUGGUUGAUAGUUCCAUAUUACAGAGGUGUUCAUCUGUAAACAACUCAUGAACAUUCCCCCUUUUCCCUUAUAUGUAAUAUAUAAGUAAUUAGAUGUGUAUGUAUAUAUGAUAUAUAUUUUGAUGGAUAUCGUAUUCAGCUCAAAGUUUUUGAUAAAAGUCUAGUUUAUUUUUUGAAAUGUUAAUUACAGUUAUAAGAAGCUAUAUAUGUUAAGAGAUUUUAUUAAUUUUUUAUUUGGCAUGUGGGGGCAUGCAAUUGCAUUAGUUAAUUUAUGAAAUUGUAAUUUGUUAAGCAGUUAUUUGUUAUUUAAUAAGUUAGUAAUUUACAAGAAUUUUUUAUGUAAAAUUAACAGCAGUUUUAUUUCUCAUCUAACACUGUAAUUAAUUUUUUUUUAAAUCUGUUUGUAUAUAUGUAUAUGACUAUUACUGAUUGUUGUUAUUUAAGUUGCAUAAUUCAUUAAGCGAAAGCAUGCCCCGUAUGUCAACCGUCUUAAUUGAACAAGCCACUUUUGAGAGAAUUUAAACACUCCUGAUUGAGAGAAUAUUCUAAUGUUUGAUAUUUAUAACUUAAAUAUAUAUAUACACCAUUCAUUUACAAGCAUGAAAUCUAUAAAAAAAGUAUUUUGUCUUCAAAUUUGUGAAUUAAAUAUAGGUCAAGGCCGUGUUGCCUUUCGAUCAUCAUUGUUGUUCAUUGUUAACAUUCGUGAAGUGCAAAUAUAAGAAAAACUAUAAAAAGAAAAAAAAAAGUAUGUCAUGUUAUGGAUAAAAAUCAGUGUUUUAACAUUUUCCUGUGUGCAUGUGUUUUGUUUGAAAUAAAAAGUUAAUUUCAUUUUAAA